AUGACCAUCUGUCAGGAAAGAGCAAAAGAAUUAGCAGAAAAUGCAAGAAAGAUCGCAAGCCCAGGAAAAGGAAUUUUAGCAGCAGAUGAAUCCACUGGCACAAUUAAGAAAAGAUUUGAUCAAGUUGGAGUUGAAAACACUGAGACAAACAGAGCAGCUUACAGAGAAUUACUCUUUAAGACUGAAGGCUUAGACCAAUUCAUCUCAGGAGUAAUCAUGUAUGAGGAAACUCUUUUCCAAACUACAGCAAGCGGUGAAAAAAUGACUGAUUUAUUGAAGAAGCAGGGAAUCUUGCCAGGAAUCAAGGUCGAUAUGGGAUUAACCACUUUACCACUUUCGGAUGGUGAAACUUCCACUACAGGUUUGGAUGGAUUAGGAGCUAGAUGCAAAAAAUACUACGAUGCUGGAGCCCGUUUUGCAAAGUGGAGAGCAGUACUGGUCAUCGAUCAGUCUAAGGGAAAGCCAAGUUGUCUUUCAGUUUCUGAGACUGCUCAUACCUUGGCUAGAUAUGCUGCAAUUUGUCAAGAAAACGGUUUAGUUCCAAUUGUAGAGCCAGAAAUAUUAACUGAUGGAGCGCAUGAUAUCGAAGUUUGUGCCAAAGUCACAGAAAGAGUAUUGGCUGAGGUAGUUAAGGCCCUUCACCUCCACCAUGUAUUACUAGAAGGCUCUCUACUAAAGCCAAAUAUGGUUACCCCAGGUUCUGAUUGCCCAAAAAGAGCCUCAUCUCAAGAAGUUGCUUUUUAUACCGUUAGAACAUUAAAAAGAACUAUCCCACCGGCAAUGGCAGGAGUCAUGUUCCUUUCAGGUGGACAAUCUGAAGAGGAGGCAUCACUCAACUUAUGUGAAAUGAACAAGAUCAAGGACUGCCCCUUAUUCUUGUCAUUCUCAUAUGGACGUGCCCUACAAGCUUCAGUUUUGAAAGCAUGGAAGGGAAAUCCAUCCAACAUUCCAGCUGCCCAAAAGGCUCUCUUAGAUAGAGCCAAGGCUAACUCUGAGGCUCAAUUGGGAAUCUAUAAAGGAGGUGUAGGAGGUUCUGCUGCUUCUGAGGGGUUAUUUGUAAAGUCUUAUGUAUACUAG